AGUGGUUUCACUCUUUCUUUGUAUCAUGUCAACCACCAGGCUGACUUCCUUGGCCUCACGGCCCACAGUAGACUGCAUAGUCUAGCGACCGCUCCAAGUAUUCUCUCGGCUCGAUUGUCCUCGACCUCCUGAAUCGCCCUCUCCUGCCGUUCAGUGUCCUCAACCUCACCUUACAUCCUACCCCAAGUUACCGCCGGACCCUUUCGAUCGGGACAAGAUGGUCAGAAAUAUUGUCGUAUUCGGGGGUUCAUCCCAUCCAACCCUGACGGAAACCAUCUGUGAGAUCCUCGGUAUUGCGCCUGGCCAAGCUCUCUUCUCGAAAUUCGCUGUUGGCGAGACCAGAGUCGAGAUAGGCGAGUCAGUCCGAGGAAAAGAUGUCUAUAUCAUACAGUCUGGUGGGGGCAAGGUGAACGACCAUUUUGUCGAGCUUCUUAUUGCCAUUUCAGCAUGCAAGACGGCCUCUGCGAAGAAGGUCACCGCUGUACUUCCACUCUUCCCAUAUUCUCGACAGUCCGACAUACCCUACAACAAGAGCGGUGCGCCGCUAGUCAAGGCGUCGAAUACGGCCAAUAAGCUGGUUCCCGAUACAAACGGCUACACAUUUGACAGCAUUCCACCUACCCCACAUCCAGACAAGACCGAGAGCCAGGGCCUUGCGAAUGGACAUCCCUUGCACAAAGCGACGUCAAAAUCACAGCUGGAUGAUGUAGAGAACAGCCCUACCUACCAGGCCCGCUUCAGCCACUAUCGUGAUCGUGACACAAGCUCACAUUCAUCUACCAAGUCAGAAUACUUUCCAGUCCAACGAAAGCGAGGAGACUCCUCAGCAUCCGCCACCAACGGCGUUGCCAAUUACGAUUUUGCUCCACCCCCGAAGAUGGACCCGCAGGAGAGCUUCAAACCUCGCCCGGGCUACCGGCAAUGGGUUGCGCAGGCAGGUACUCUUGUGGCAGAUCUCCUGACCUGCGCUGGCGCAGACCACAUUAUUACGAUGGAUCUCCACGAUCCUCAGUACCAAGGGUUCUUUGAUAUUCCUGUUGACAAUCUCUAUGGGCGGCCGAUUCUGAAGAAGUAUAUCCAGCAAAACAUUCCAGACUACAGAAAUGGAGUGGUCGUUAGUCCCGACGCUGGAGGCGCCAAACGAGCAACCGCAAUCGCCGACUCUUUGGGAAUCGAGUUCGCUCUGAUCCAUAAAGAACGCAGACCUACCAAGAUCACGGAUCGGCAGAAUGCGACCAUGAUGCUCGUUGGCGACGUCACUGGCAAAGUCGCCAUUCUCAUCGACGACUUGGCCGAUACGAGCAACACUAUAACCAGAGCCGCGAAACUACUGAAGAAAGAAGGCGCCAGCAAAGUCUAUGCAUUGGUGACUCAUGGCGUUUUGAGUGGAGAUGCAAUCGAAAGAAUUAAUGCCAGCGCAUUGGACAAGGUUAUCGUCACGAACACUGUGGAUCAGUCUCAUCAUGUUAGGAGAUGCCCCAAGCUCGAAGUGCUUGAGGUUGGCCACGUCUUUGCCGAGGCAAUUCGACGGGUGCAUUAUGGCGAGAGCAUCAGCGUGCUGUUUCAGUAUGAUUAAUGACCACGGCGAGAAUCCUUUGCAAGACCAGUUACUCGUACGCUCUCCAAGCUUGUUGGCACUCGUGCGGCUGUUCCGAGCAACUCCUUAUGGUCUGUUAGAUUGUCGCCGAUACGUGCCUUGAACGCCAUCUCAUUUACCUGUUUCAACAUUCGAAGAUCGAGUCUCGCACGCGCGAACACAAAAUCAGAAACCCCCCAAAAACAACGGAAAACGGAGACAACGUACAAAAAUACACAGCAGAAGUGCCUUGAACCAAGUGCUGGAGAGGUCUUCACUAGGUGGGUGGCGUCCUUCCAGGAUCGGAAUCAUGCAUUCUUUCGAAGCACAGAGGGCACGCGGCCGGAAGAGUGUGGAAUAUCUCAUUGCGGCUUUUUCGUCCAACUAGCUAUCCGACAGGAUAAUCUGCCCAAGAUGGUACUGAAUAUUGGAAGACAGGGAGAGAUGGGUACCGUCUUUGAGGGAUUUGCACUGCGUGAGAAUUUUCUGAGAGAGGCCAAAUCUUCCGCUUGCAGGCGUACUGAAUAAAGACUAAACCCGUGUAAUCCCCAAUAUACUCCCUCGCAAUGCAAGAUUAAACAUGAAGGAACAUGCACACAUCACGCGUGAGUAUCAUUUUCG